AUGGCUAAGCUAGAAUACCUGAGAUCCUAUACUCAGCACCAACCAACUCAAGUGCGUCUUGCAGAACAUCGCUCUGAUUCCGGCGUUGAUCUGGAUCAGAACACGAUAUAUAAAGAUCCACCGGCAAUCAACAAUCCAAUGCAAAACGAUCUUAACGAGACGAAUCAAUCGCAACUGCUCCAGAUAUCCCAGCAUAUGCUUUGCUAUGAUGCAGCUUCAUCGAUAAUUCGAAACAAUAGCCAAACCACUAGUAACAGUCAGUUCAGUAAUCAUACUAGUCCAAGUAGUGUCAGGUCUCCUAGUCCACCUCUGUUCGACCGCAAACGCAAGUUGAGACGUACACUAUCCGACGAGGAUUUCACUUUGAUUGCUGGCCGUCAGAUACGACGACCGCGACUAGGAGGUGCUUCAGAAGUGAAGCGAAGGCACUCUCAAAGUCUCGGCUUUGCUGCUACUGGCAAAAAGCUCAUGGGAGAGCAUGAUCCAGAGAAUCGCGAGAUCCUCCGUCUUCGUCAGGAGGAAUUACUUGAAUUCGACUAUAUUGCAACGAGGCUGAACGCCCAACGUGCCAAAUCCGGCCAAGCACCAACUCUCACUGCGAAUGCGAUCUAUAGCCGCUACAAGCGAAAUGGACCGAUCAUUGCUGCAAGCGAAGGUCGGGAGUUCUUGCCUACCCACCUGGACAAGAAACCGAAUGGCAAACCGAUCUCAUUUAGAACAACGGUCCCAAUCAAAGGCUUCGAUGAGCGUGAGGAUCAAUUGCUCGCUCAGGCUGUUGCUGAUAUCGACAAAUGCAAGUGGGAACUCGUUGCUCACCGCGUUCAAGAGCUAGGUGGAAAAGAGCAUGAUUCGAACAUGUGCGCGAUGCGCUAUAGCCAUCUCUGA